CUCCCAAAGCCAUGUGAUGGACAGUUGUCCAUCACAACCCCACUCCUCCUCCCCUCCCAUCCAUCAUAUUAAAGCCCCAUUUCCCCCUUUGUGGUCUCAGUUUCCUCCACCUGAUCCCUCAAAUCCUCACACUCUGGGAUGGACUGCAGUGAUUACGAGCUGGAUACCCUGGAGGUCCCUCCUCUCACCCCGACCAGUAAAGAGGUCCUCAGCCAGGCGGUGAAGGCCAGUUUUGCUGGAUUUUCCCAGGAGAGAAUCAACCAUCACUUCCCACAAGAUCCUACCUUGUGGUCUGAGUGGGAGGUGAACUACUGGCUGGACUGGUGCCAAAAUGAGUUUGGUCUCCACUGCCUGGGUUCAGACCUGAGAGGCCUUCAGGGCAGUGAGCUGUGUGGCCUGGAAAGAGAUGCUUUCCUGAGCCUCAUGUCCGACUGCACCGCAGGAGAGAUCCUGUGGGAGCAUCUGGAGACCAUGAGGAGAGAGGAUGAAUCCGACUGCACCAUACCAUCUUACUGCCAACUUCUAAUCCACAAAGACCGCAGCUCAGACUAUGCUCUGGAAAAUACAGACAAACACAGUUUCCAUGUUCAGUAUUAUCCUACUGAGAGGCCGGACCUUCUCACUCUGCGUCCUGUGACCUUUGAACAUUCGGACUGCUUUCUGAUAAAGACAGAAGAUCCCAGUAGGAACAUGGCCGCUGCUGCUGCGCAGCAUGAAUCAGGAGGGGCCAGAGAGACAGACUCAGAAGCAGACAUGGCUCACAGUGACGACACAGAGAUUGUGGGCUCUUUAUCCUGGACCGCUCCGCUCCAGGAUCUAGAGCAAAUGACGGAGGAGACCAUGUCUGGGGACGUCUUCACCUUACCACUCCAACACAAGAGCUUCAGAGAAUAUGUCGGCACCAAAACAGAUCUGGGCAGUGCCGUGAUACCAGCAGCUAUCCUUGCUGGAUACACCGGAAGUGGUCCCAUUCAACUGUGGCAGUUUCUGCUAGAGCUUCUCACGGACCGCAGCUGUCAGUCGUGCAUCAGCUGGACAGGAGAUGGAUGGGAGUUCAAGCUGACAGACCCUGAUGAGGUGGCCCUGCUGUGGGGUCAGAGAAAGAACAAACCCAAGAUGAACUACGAGAAGCUGAGUCGCGGCCUGCGAUACUACUACGACAAGAACAUCAUCCGCAAGACAGCCGGCAAACGCUACGUCUACCGCUUUGUCUGCAACCUGCAAGGCCUGCUGGGGUAUGAGCCCGAGGAGCUUCACGCCAUGUUGGACAUUGGUAACAAGAAUCGCUAGCGAACUCAAUUAACAGUAGCAACAAAGGGACACUUUUUAUAUGAGAUUCUUCAGUUUAUCAUUUUUUACCAGUUUACUUUUGUUCAUGAGAACAGAGCAUCAGAGGCUUAGAGGAUGAUGCUAAGUGAGUGUGGGUGGAUGUAACCGUUCUCUCUUAAUACAAGUUCAGAGUCUUAAUGGAUGACUGGUUGUACUUUAUCUAGAUUAUAAUUACAGUCUAACAAUAAGAUAAAGCAAAUAAAGCCACGUCAUUCACUCCUCUGAGAAUUUAAGACUGGUGGGGUUGGUUUCCCAAUAUACCACCAAUAUAAGCCACCAGUUGUGACCUUUAUUUAUUUAUUUAUUAGUCCACCUCACUGAUCCAGGCCAAGAGAAUCCCUGCAAAGAAGUGUUUUUAUCAGAGAUCAUCUGUGGCCGGACUAAUGCAUCCUAAUUGAUGUAUUCACGCUCGCUCAGCCUUUCACUUCACCUCGGAUGUGAAGUAUGCUGUGUGUGUGGGUGACUAGAAUAGUCAGCUCCUGCAGUGAGAUCAAGCGCCCAGAUCUCCCACCUCACAAGGCUUGUUUAUGGAUCUAUGGCCCUCUUAAUUCCUAAUACACCAGGGGAUCCAUUUCUGCUUCUGUUGAUUUAAGCCUGAAUCUUUUCAGUCGGACCCGGCAAAGCAUGUUUAUGGUGUAUCCUCACAUAAGUACAACACACAAUUUGUGACAGAACGGAAAAGGUUUUCAUCUACUUAUGUAUCAGUGUUUUCUUUUUUUUUAAUACUAAGACAACCCCAGUAUAAUGGAAAAAUAAAAGGUCCACUAUAGAAUAUCCAGUUUAGUGUGAAACUUCUCUGAAUAAAUCUUACAAACCUGACAUUGUAGUUUUCUGUUGACUAAAUGUAUUUUAAUUAUUUAAGCCGAAUGUAUACCAUAAUUCCAUUGUGUCGAAGCCUACUGACAUCACUCUGUGGGGGGCAGAUUCAAUCAAAUGUUACUACUGUUAAAUGUAAAACAAUUAGAUGGAACGUAGAGUAGCGCCUGUUCUCUGAGUUUGGCCCGGGUUUAACAGUCUUUUCAGCUCCAUUUGGCUACAGUACCAGGGAGCUCACAUAAUACCACAUGCAUUAGAACACAGGCCACUGCAUAACAAACUGAAAAUGGCACCUAGUAUUUUAUGAGCCAAUUAUUAACGCUUUAUUUUUUUUAUGGUCACCAAUACUGUGCAU